UAUUUGAUAAUAUUGUUAUGCCAUCUCCAUGUUCUGACUUCUGUCAUCGGAUAAUCCCCUCCUCGAUUGUGGAGUGGAGCUAGGACUAUCGACAUUCGACAUAGUAUUCUUUAGAUUUAUUUGCUAAGAUUUUGAUAUGUUAUAAUAAAAUGAUUAUUUGUCAAUACAUGCUGUGACAUCAUAUAUAUAUUAUAUGAACUGGUAUUACCAUGACAUCGAGAAGUAAAAACUCUGUGCGAACCUACGAGACCGAUAUUGAAAAGAGUCGCGAGGAGUCUAAUUGGAAGAAGGCUGUAGAGCUAGCUCAGCAACUCAAGGCCAGGUCACCACAGCACGAGAGCCUUGCACACUUCUUGAUUGGGGAAGGCAAGUUAGAAGUCUACCUAGAUGAAUGGCCUCCUAUCAAAGACAAUAUAGAGCGUGCUCAACGAGAGUUGUCUGAGCCCAAAGGAUACUUGACACUGGCUACAGAUGAAGCCGGAAAGAAAGCAGGAGUUGCAUUAGAUGCUCAUUUGUUGCUUGGCAAGCUUCACUUUGCAUGUGGAUCAUAUGAUGAUGCAUUAAAACACUAUAAGUUUGCAGAAUUAAACACUUUGACCGAAAAAGAAUUGCCUGUUCGAAGUCUUCGCAUUGUCGCUGAGUCUUAUGCUAUAAAAGGCCUAUGCUUGGAGCAGAGUGUGUUGCCGUCGUCUACCAGCAAGUUUAAACAAGCUGAAUGCGAGGCCGAGAUGAUUCGUAGUUUCGAACUUGCGUCGGAGUUGACGCUGCUGUACCUGCAGAGGGCGUCGGCCGCCCGCGCCGGCGCCACCCUCGAAACCGCCCUCCAGAGGGCGCCUCUGCUGCACAUUCGGGCCGGACGACUCACCGCCGCCAUCGACAGGUAUCGGGAAAUGCUGACGGCCGUGGAGUCCGGAGCCACGCAGGCCUUGCGGUUGACGCUGGCCCGACAGCUGGCCGAGGUGCUCAUGAGGGGCGUCACGGGACAGGUGUACAGAGCCCCGCAGGGCACGUCCCCGCCGAGCGGUGGAACUCUGAGUCGGCGCAGGGAGGAGCAGGCCUCGGACGGACCUUGGAAACCCAAGAAGUAUGCCGCCAUCAACCAGUUCGUGCCCCGCAACGUGCACGAGGAGGUGGUGCUGUCGCUGGUGGUGGGGGAAGCCAUGGCCGUGAGGGACGCCGUGCUCUCGCAGAGCGCCGAGUUCGAGGCCGCCCGAGCCCACUCUCUCUACAACGCCAUGGCGCUCGUGGACCUCCUGGCCGUCGCCGUCACGCGCUGGGGACAGCUGCCGCUGCUGCUCGAGUCGUUGGAGCGCGCGAUGAAGUUCUCGUUCGGGUGCGGCCACAUCUGGCGACAGCGAGCCCUCGCCACGGCCGCCGCGUCCGGCCAGGAGCCCGGCCCGGCGCUGCUGGCUCGGCCGCCGCCGAAGCAAGGUAGUCCGGCGUGGAACGCGCACGUGCGGGCCGUCAGCGUCGCCCGCCGCGCGGCGCCUCUCGUGCCUCACGACGCGCCUCUGAGGCUGGUGGCCGCCACCACCGCCUUCAGGGCCGGAUGGAUAGAGGAGGGCAUCGAGCUGGCCGAGCGGGCGCUGAGCGCGGCGCGAGCCCGCCCCGACACCCCGGCGCCCCGGCUGGCCCGCUGCUACCUGCACUGCGCCAUCGGGCACCAGAUGAAGGCGCAGAAAACGAACGGUCGCCUCGAGAAAGACGCGGAGAACGAGGCGUGCCUGAAGUACCUGAUCCAGAGCGUGCGGCUCGACGACAACGACCACCUCGCCUUCUACCACCUCGCCCUGCAGUACGUGCACCAGGGGAUGCUCAACGAGGCCAUGGACGCCACGCGCGCCUGCCUCUCGUGUCGCGCCGAGUGCGGCGGCGGCCUGCGCCUGGCGGCGUCGCUCUGGUCCUGCGCGGCGGCCGGCCCCCGGGGCUCGAGGGCUCUGCACGCCGCUCGCCUCGCCAGGCACCACUACCCCGCGGCCGAGUGGCCCCUCUGGACCCUGGCCGCUCUGCAGCUGCUCUGGGAGGGAGGCGAGGCGGCGUUGGCCACGGGCAAAGAGCUCUUGCGGCUGCUCAACAGCGCCGAGGAGGCCGACGGGGAGCAGCAGUACGCGGAACUGGACGCGCUCUCGGACUCGCUGCGGGACGACCGGCACAGCGUGAGGGAUGCCGCGUCGGUGCGAGCGGAGUCGGCGGGCGCGUAUCGCGUGGAGCGGGCGUUGUCCGAGAACGCGUCCACGCUGUCGCAACGAGCGCGUUCGCCCCUCGCGGACCAUCGCGCCCACGCCUGGCUGCUGCUGGCCGAUCUCUGUCUGAGGUUGGGUCGGACGAGUGCGGCGGCGGGAUGCGUCUCGGAGGCCGCCGCUCUGACGCCCUUCAGCCAUCUCGUGUUGUACACGCGCGGGCGCGUGCACGGCGCGUGCGGCGAGUGGGAGGAAGCGCGCCAGUGCUACCAGAACGCCCUCGCCAUUCAUCCCACGCACGUGGACACCAUGCUGCAGCUCGGUGGGGCCUACUACUCCCUCGGGUGGCUGCGCCUGGCCGAGCGGACGCUGCGCGAGGCGGGCGCGCUGGAGCCCGGGCGGGCGGACACGUGGCGCAGACUGGCGCUCGUGCUGGGCGCCCUCGGCGAGCCGGCCGCGGCCGCCGACGCCGCCGCCGCCGCCCUGGCGCUGCACCCGCUCACGCCGCUGUGCCCCGACCUCUGACACGGACUCGUCGCGUGAGGGACUGGAUCUGCCGAAGUCGCGGAGUGACGUGAACGUUAAGGGAAAGUCGGGUGAAACUCGUGUUGUAUCCACAACGAGAUUAGGCUUAAGGCAAAAGUAAUUUCAGUCCGCCAUUUUGUUUAAACUUUGCAAUCUAAGUUGUUUUAUCAUGUUUUAUCUUUAUUAUGUUCAAAGAAUAACUGCAUGUAUUAGCAGGAUUUCCACCAUUUUUAAUAUGACUUUACUUCGAUCAGUUGUCGAUUGACGCCAUUAAAAACCCUAAAAUAAAAAAAGCCGUACAGUACGGUGACACCAUAAACAAUAAACAAUAGCGACAUAUGUCCGGAAUGACAGGACGAUCACAGAUCACAGAUCACACGUUGUCUCUGAUAACGUUUUCACUUUUUUUUUUAAUUAAUAGAUUCUGGUAAUUACAUGAAGCAUAAAUGCGUGACGACAUUUUUAUUUUAAGCAGUUUUUAACAGAGCUUUAUUCAUUAGUAGUUGACUAAAAACUCCACUUGGUCUUCCUAAAUUCGUUCGGUGUAUAAUCGUUAAAUAAAAAAUAAGAAAAUCGAAGAGAAAAAUACGGCUCUUUUACAGCCACUUUCGUGUAUGUUGUAGAUUUUAAAAACGUAUUUAAAGAAAUCGGAGAUUAUAAAAUAUAGGAAAGUUACAAUUACAAGACUUGUCAUACGAUGUAAGAGUGAUGACGAGCAUUCAACUCGAGAGUAGAUUGUGACUACAUUUUGGGUGGAAAAAGAGAAAUGUUUUCAGCGUGAAAAGUGAUUUCGAAGACUAGGAAUUGAUGUCACCUACUAUAAGUGCAUAAAUAAAUUCGCGAAAAUCAUCUCGCAAUUUUAACAUUUCACUUUGCUAUUAGUAGUAAAAAUACCCAAAUUUACAAAAUCAAAUUUACAUUUAACGUGAAUAUUCGUGUGUCUUAUCUUUUGUAAAUAUUUAUCACAUUUUUAAAUUUAUAAAUAUUUUAUUAACUUUACCGUUCCGGUAAUUGUAAGUGAUAUGCUAUUGUGCUGUUUCUGUUCACAGCUAAAGGAAAACAGCUGUUCUAAGCGAUGUCUUUUGAUCUUUAUAUGUUUUGAUUUCACACGAAUUUGAACUUGAAAUUUAUUAACUUAUAAAACUCUCUCUCAAUAUACCUAAGUACCUAUUAGGUAUCCCGUCCAUCGAUGUCUUUUGUGAAUGUUAGCUUGCUAUGAUAUCAUCGUAUCGAGUCGGAUGUUUAGAUUUUGUCAGUUGUUUACAUUUUUGAAGAUAAUUGUUUGAAGCUUAAGCGAUAUGGUUUUGGGUUUUGGGUCUUGGAAACAUUUGAGUGACCCUGGGAUUGGCGUAAUGCGCCCUAACUGUAAGCCCUCUGUUAUGUUCUUGUGGUGGUGCUGUAUUUUUAUAAUUUACUUUGGGUUUAUUUGCGGUAUGUUACUCAAACGGACGUAGAAAUUAGACCAAUAAAGUUGAGAAAUGAUAAAAGGUAUGUUUAG